AUGUCCAGGAAGAAGACCCUCCGGAGCAAGGGCGCCCGCGCGCCCGCCGCCUCGGCGCUGCCCUCCGCCGACCCGCCCCGCUCCGCCCGCCCGGGCCCCGAGGCGGCGCCCCCCGGGCCCCCGCAGCCCGGCCCGCCCUCGCUCGGCGGCGGCGACUUCUACGACGUCGCCUUCAAGGUCAUGCUAGUGGGCGAUUCCGGUGUGGGGAAGACCUGCCUGCUGGUGCGCUUCAAGGACGGAGCUUUUCUGGCAGGCACCUUCAUCUCUACCGUGGGCAUCGACUUCCGGAACAAGGUUCUGGAUGUGGAUGGCAUGAAGGUGAAGCUGCAGAUCUGGGACACGGCUGGCCAGGAACGCUUCCGCAGCGUGACCCACGCCUACUACAGAGACGCCCAUGCGUUGCUGCUGCUCUAUGACGUCACCAACAAGGCCUCCUUCGACAACAUCCAGGCCUGGCUGACGGAGAUCCAGGAGUAUGCCCAACACGAUGUGGUGCUCAUGUUGCUGGGAAACAAGGUGGACUCUGCUCAGGAGCGUGUGGUGCGGAGGGAGGACGGGGAGAAGCUGGCCAAGGAGUACGGGCUGCCGUUCAUGGAGACUAGCGCGAAGACCGGCAUCAACGUGGACUUGGCCUUCACUGCCAUCGCAAAGGAGUUGAAACAGCGCUGCACCAAGGGUCCCAGCGAGCCCUGCUUCCGGCUGCAUGACUACGUGAAGAGAGAGGGUCGAGGGGCCGCCUGCUGCCACCCCUGAAGCCUGGCUGAGCUCAGCCCUGCCUGGAGGAGCAGCCGUGUCCGGGAGGGCCGGACAGGGGGGCUAUAGGCCCUUUUGACGUCACCCAAUGGACACCCCCCGUGUCAACCAUUUCCAGGAGUCUUGGGCCCAAGUUUCGUCUUUGUCCCAAUGGCUAUCUAUCUCAAUCCUCAGCCCAAACAGACCUCAAAGCCACGGUAACACCACGCCAAGGCGCUCUGCUGCCCCCACCUGGCCGUUCCCAGCUAAACCGGUCCCAGGCCAGUUCAGUGCCUGACUUUUUUUUGUUGUUUUUCAAAGCCAUGUGUCUGUCCAUCCACCACCGGACUCCUGCCUAGAACAGAGGCCUCCCGCCACAAAAGCACGCACUUAUGCGUCUCAAGGCCCACAGCCUCCUCUCUCCUCCUAGCUUACUCCCCAGGUCCUGGCCCAAACAAGACCCUCAAGUGAUUUCCAGGCUGUGGCUUUCUACAACAGCAAAUAGCUUGUGGGAGAGGGCUGGGCGUGGAGCUAGGCGGGGCCUUUCUACUGCUGACACCAAGCUCUCCCCAACCAAUCACUACUGCAAGUCUG